AUGGAGUGGUCCCACAGCAAGACAUCCUUAUGUUCCGUGAACAGUGAAGGAAACGUUUUAUACAACAGUAGCACAGAAAGGGACUUCUACUGCGAGUUUGAAGAAGGACAGCUGUCCCUCAUCUUUUACAAAGUGCAGCCACAGCCAGAGAGCGGGAACCUGCAGCGCUACAGGUGCAAACUUCACUCCAACAAGGGAGCUCUGCACAAAUACACAACUGUGGAGCUAGAGGAUUGUGCUCGGAUGGUGCAGGGAGCUGUAACAAGCGACAGCCCCUCUUGCACCUUCGACAGCGUCCACCCAGACGGAGACGUGCACUGGUUUCAGGGCUCCCACAAUCUCUCAGCCGGCUCCAUAAAGCAGAACACGACUAAACGUGUAGAGAAAGGGGGUUGGCUGACUAUCCACAGUGACCUGGAGAGGAAUGGUUCAGAUGAGCCCUACAACUGCUCCUUGAUGAGCAGCAAAUCUGGGAGAUACAUGGCCAGUGCUUUAAUAGAACAGAAGAGCACCCGAAUCCUGAGGAUGGAUACCACAAGAGCACAUUCACUAUCACCCCUCAAUGGAGUCGGAUCACUGGGACAAGUGAGGAUACCUCUGUGGAUUUCACUCUUACUCGCUGUAGCUCUGAAAUAACGGAACUAAAUCCAUAUCAUGGACGGUGAUGAAAUAUCAGGGUGAGGUGGUGAUUAAGAUUUGUUAAAGCAACACUAUGUAACAUUUACUGAGAAACAGCGCCACCUGUGGUGAUAAAUUCGGUUGGCUUCCAUUUCCAAACAGUUAA